UUCAAAUUCUCAAUCGACUGUGUCAAUAAAAGCUUUUCACUGUGAAGCUCCAUCUUGCCGCCACAUUUCGCCACCGUCCUUCUUAUCAUCUCAAGUCAGUUAAUUUUGUUUUCACUCUUAGGUUUCGAGAUUGGUUCGAGUUUAGAGUGGGUUAUUUUUGUUCUGUUCCUUUUUCCCGGAAAAAUUGAGAUGCUUGUUUGGCUGUCUUGACACUUGAAAGUGGAAAAUAAUUCCCCCUUUUUUUUUUUCAUGAUGUUUGGGUGGGUGAGUCAGUCCUAGGGUUUUCGAAAUUGGUUGGGAGUGUGUUGAGUUUUGCUUGGGUUGUCGAGAGAAAAGAGGAAAGGGUAGGAGGGCUAAGGGCUUUAUCAGUUGGGGAUCUUUGUUUGGUCCUGCUGACAAUGGAGGAAGGAAAGAGAAUACAUUAUCCCAGGCCUGUAAAUGAAAUUUUGCAAGAAGAAUUUUCUUUGGAUAAAUGAACCAAAAGUGUUUAAAUUGUAAUCCUUUUUCCCUUGGGUCUAGAUUUAAGACGGUUGAGAAGGCAAGCUUUCAUGUUGUGCCAGUCUGACAUUAGCAUAUGAGUCAAACUGGUUUGAGAGUGAAGUGCUGAAACUAUGAUGAAAACAUUCAGUUACAAAGACAAAAACGACAGGGAAAUUGAGCAUCAAUGUUAUUAUCCACCAUUGAAGCCAGACACUUAGGCCAUGUUUGGAACUCUGGAAUUUCCCAUUCAUUAUUGUGUUUGGAUUGUUUUUUGAAUGGGAAUAGGAACAAAAAGUCCAUUAGUAUGAAAACUAAAUCUUACCCACUCUCACCUCCAUUUCCAUCCUAUUUCCAUUCUUAUUCCAAUAUAUGAAAAAGUGAUUCAAUGAUAGGAAUCAAGAAUUCAGAAUUAAAGAAAAUAGAGGAACAUGUUUCAUGUUUUCCAUCAUUUAUAAAUGAUGGAACUAAUUGGUGUAUGAGGUAUUUCAUCCUGUCAGUUGUGAUUAGCCAGUAAUUGUCAAGUUGAACAGUGUUUUAAAAAAUACAACUUACAUGGAUAAGCAAUGAGCCUUGUCUUCUUGCUUUGCUGGCACCCUUUGGAUGCAUCAUGCAUGUUCAUUGUGUGUGUAGACCCAUGAGUUUGAGAUUGAUGUUUGAGUUCUACCUUUUAGGUUAGAUUCUAUGGCCAAACGAAAUAGCUUCUAUGAGUUCUGCACUUUGGGUUAGCUUCUAUCAGACAGGUUGAUUAUCAAUUAUUGGAUCUUACAUUAUUUAUUGGCCUAUCUUUCCCCAAGAAAAAGAAAAUAUUGGUGUGAAUGCGGUUUAAUUCAGCUGCAGAUAUCACAAAUACUAAUGCAUGACUCCUUUAUGGAGAUCACUAAGUUUCUAUUUAAUAUAAUUUUAGUUAUAUCCAAAUAUCUAAGUAGUUAACUUCUCAAUAUAACUUUAGUUAUAUCUCAAUAUCUGACUAGUUAUUUUUUCAUUAAUGAUUAACAUGUGUAGCUACUUUCUAGGAGUCAUGGUUUUUGGAGAUUGAGUGAAUUUUAGACCAACAUUUCAUGUCUCGAAGUUAAAAUAUUAUUUUUGUAUGUUGUUUUAUAAGUUUCUAGGAAAUAUGAGUGUUAACUAUUGAGUAUAAAUUUUAAGCUCAGAUGGCCUUGCAAGAAAGUUUAGCUAAAUUCAAGAAGCAACAAGAGAAGUGCCAAUCGACUCUCACCAGCAUUGCAGCCAAAGCAGUAUCCUCUAAGCCCUCAGUGCCUCAAAACUUUACCCCAGCAGCUCCUACAAAGCCUCCUACACCUGCAGUAAAAUUCUCCAAUGACACUGAGAGACUCCAACAUAUUAACAGCAUAAGGAAAGCCCCUGUUGGAGCUCAGAUUAAACGUGUUAUAGACUUGCUGCUAGAGACAAGGCAAGCCUUUACACCGGAACAAAUAAAUGAAGCAUGUUAUGUUGAUAUGACUGCCAACAAAGCUGUCUUUGACAGUUUGAGGAAUAAUCCAAAAGUGAACUAUGAUGGGAAGCGCUUUUCGUACAAGUCCAAGCAUGACUUAAAGGACAAGAGUCAGCUGCUUGUCUUAAUAAGAAAAUUUCCAGAGGGCAUUGCAGUCAUUGACCUACUCCAGUGUACUGGAGGAUUUACAGGUAUACGUAACCUUUGAUGAAAAUUUGUAUGAUGUGAUGCGUACUUUUAUUACAAUACAUGAAUAUUGUACCAAGUUCUGAGAGACACGUUCAUAGCACCUGAAGUCUGCCAAAGAAGUUUUUUUAUUAUCGAUUUUCAACACUCAUUUUGCCCACUGAAGAAGCCAUUAUUUUUAUUUCUAAACAUCCUGUAAGGAAAGGUCUGCUUUAACAUGUAAAUUAAACUUGAAUCCACAUGGUUGCAAGUGAGAUUGAAUCCAAAGGCAGCCUAUGAUUAUAAUACCUCAUCCGAUGGCUGUAAGCAGAGGAUUGAUUCUUUCAUAGUGUAACUUCUGUUGCCUCUAGUUGGUGAAGGUUUUUUGGCCUGUUUCAUUAAUUGAUGUAAUAGUCAAAUUGCAUGUGCGCGUCUUAUGAUAAGCUUUAUAAGAUAAAAAGUUCUCUCAACACUGUUCUAUUAACAAGGAUCUUUUUAAUUUGGGUUAAUUUCAUUGAUCUCCCCUAAGGUUUUGGUUAAAUACACUUCGCUUCCAUUGGUUUGAAAUUUCAUCAAAUGUCUCCCAUAUUCUUCUCAUUUGAUAUUUUCAUUUACCUCCCCUCUAAUUCAAAAUAAAGGAGAUAUUUGACGAAUUUUCAAACCAAUGGAGGUGAGUGAAAUUAACCUUUUAAUUUUUUAGGCUUUGAAAGCUGCAGGGCAGGUUUGGCUGCUGUCGAACUUUGAUUCACAGGAGGACAUUGCUUAUCCAAAUGAUCCCCGGGUGCCCAUCAAAGUGGACGAUGACCUCAAGCAGUUCUUCUGAAGCAUUGAACUUCCCUGUGACAUGCUCGAUAUAGAGAAGGAUCUGCAGAAGAAUGGGAUGAAGCAUGCUACAAACACUGCCAAGAGGAGGGCCAUGGCUCAGGUUCAUGGAAUUGCCUCCAAGCCUAAUCCAAAGAAGAAGCAUGAAAUCAGCAAGAGAACCAAACUCACGAAUGCCCACCUUCCAGAGCUCUUCCAAAAUCUUAAGGAUGGUGAUUCUUCUAAGUAGAUAAUUUUUUUUAAUGGUGAUCCUUCAAAGCACCGAGCUCAUGAGCAAGUCGGCAGUGGGUUCCUCAGCUAAUUCUGAAUGGUCUAUGUACAUAUGAGGUGUUGGUUGUCCUGCAGCACAUGAACGGCCUACAUUUCAGUUGAA